AAUCCCUAAAAUUGGUCGAUGAAGGGCAAACGCAACGCCCACCGGGGCGGCGGAGGCGGCGAAGCCCUGUCGGAGACGGAGUCGGACGCCGUGCUCGGCGGGGGAUCGAGCUCUCCGAAGGAGCAGGACCGGUUCCUGCCGAUCGCCAACGUGAGCCGGAUCAUGAAGCGGUCGCUGCCGGCGAACGCGAAGAUCUCGAAGGAGGCGAAGGAGACGGUGCAGGAGUGCGUUUCGGAGUUCAUCAGCUUCGUCACCGGCGAGGCCUCCGACAAGUGCCAGCGCGAGAAGCGCAAGACCAUCAACGGCGACGACCUCCUCUGGGCCAUGUCCACCCUCGGCUUCGACAGCUACGUCGUCCCCCUCAAGGCCUACCUCAAUCGCUACCGCGAGGCCGAGGGCGACCGCACCCUCGCUCUCGCCGCCCACCACCGCCCUUCCGCCGACCAAUCGAUGGACCAGGAGGCUGCCUAUAGUACUGACAAUAACAACAACAGCAACAGUAAGUACAACGCCGCUGGGCUAGGGCUUACCGGAGAAUCGUACCCGUCGGCGGGGAUGGACGGCGAAUGGGCUCGUCGGAGAAAUUGAAAGGCAGGUCUUUUCCCCCAAUUCUUCGGUUUCCUCUCCGAUUCAAUUCCGCUUUGAGAUCGGUGCCACUGAUCCAGGCUGUUGCUUUUCAGAUAGUAUUUAUAGUUAAAAUUUGAAGAAUUCUGUAAAAAUUUAAAUCGUAGAAAAUAAUAAUAAUAAUUUAAAAAGAAUUGCCAUGGGGUUGUUUAGUAAUAAUAAUAAAUGGAGUGGUGUAGUAAAUAAAAAUAAUUUUAAAAGAAAUUUGUGAUGGUAAUGCUACUCGAGUUUA